UUUCUAACUUCAUCCCCCUUCCUCAGGAUGUGGACGGACUACACGAGAAGGAACGAGAGACGGAGGCGAGCUGUGGCAAAAAGUCGCUGGGCACCACAAAGAAGGGUAUUGGACCGACCUACUCGUCCAAGGCGACGCGUAAUGGACUGAGGGUCUGUGACCUGCUGGGCGACUUCAGCUACUUCGUGGAGCGGUACCGCUCGCUGGUGGCGCACCACCAGCGUAUGUUCCCGGCGCUGGCGGUCGACGUGGACGGAGAGCUGGAGCGCUACCGCCAGUACGCCGAGCGCCUGCGCCCCCUGGUGGUGGACUCGAUCAGUCUGGUCAGCGGCGCUCUGGCCCAGGAACGGGUGUUGGUCGAGGGCGCCAAUGCCGUCAUGCUCGACAUUGACUUUGGCACCUACCCGUUCGUCACCUCAUCCAACUGCAGCGCCGGCGGCGUGUGCACCGGACUGGGCGUGCCGCCGCGCAGCAUCGGAGACGUCUACGGCGUGGUGAAGGCGUACACGACGCGCGUCGGCGUCGGCCCGUUCCCCACCGAACAGCUGAACGAGAUCGGUGAGCUGCUGCAGACUCGCGGGGCCGAGGUGGGUGUCACCACGGGCAGGAGACGCCGCUGUGGCUGGCUCGACUGUGCCCUCCUGCGGCACUCCAACAUGGUGAACGGAUAUACAGCGCUGGCUGUGACCAAGCUGGACAUCCUGGACACCCUCCCUGAGGUGAAGGUGGGCGCGUACUACCAGCUCGACGGCCGGCGGCUCGACCACUUCCCGGCGAGCUCGGCCGAACUGGCGCGGGUCGAGGUAGAGUACAUCACCGUGCCCGGCUGGCAGUGCAGCACAGAGGGUGUGCGCACCUUCGGAGACCUGCCCGCCAACGCCCAGGAGUAUAUCCGCACAAUGGAGCGGCUGGUCGGCGUGCCAGUGAAGUGGAUCGGCGUGGGCAAGUGUCGCGACUCCAUCAUCCAGGUGUGACUGCCGCCGCCAAGCGUCCGGUUCACCGUGUGAGAGAGUGUGCUGUGGACUGAAUGAUGCACCCCGCUAGUUUGCCCGGUAGAGCGUUGGCCCCCCGCCGGACCGGUAACCCGUGUACCUGCCGUGUACUCGUAUUUUCAGUACCAAUAUAACGUUAAGUGCCCCAU